AUGAACUUGAAGCGACCAGAAACAUCACAGACGGACAACGACGUCACACAGCAGGGAACUGGCGAUAGCCGUUUGGUUCUAGAUACCGUCCCUUUCUCUCCAACUAAGCCUCUCUCCACCCUAGGUGGGGGAUCUGGCCCGCCCCUUGGAAGUCAUGUAUCCACCCCUCCCACUCCUGUUUCGAGAGAGCAAGGUCAUCACUCGGCAGCUCCACCCCUUACUUACAGUGAUAUUGACAACCACGACCCUAUUCCUGACGCUUCCGCAAAUAUUAUCUCUAAUGGUGACUAUUCCUCCUCGGGCAAGGUUGACCAAGGUGAUAUUGGAAGAUCAAAUGGUCUUAAUAAUCGCCUAGGUCGCGGCUUGCGGCGGUCAGAGAAGAAUAUUUUAGGAUCCGAUUGUCAUAUGAUUCCAGCAAGCCCCAAUCAAGUGGCACAGCUUCCGACUGGUCGUGAACAUCUGCCCUCCCUCGUCGUGGUGGUCCCUCCACCACCUCGACGGAAGUCGUUCGCGGUGGCCCAUGCAUUCUCUGAACAUCUCCCAACUUCUCCACCUGGCCCAACGCCGAUGUCGACCCCUCUGCCGUCCGCAGGCCCCUGUAACACUCGAGACAUUUUCGGGCGAGCUAUACUCACUAUUGAUCUCACUGUUGUAGUGCCCUUGCAAGUAGCAGCGGAACUGGUUUCAUGCACAGUGUAG